AUGACUCAAACCGACUACAUGUACCAUGUGAUGAAGUUGGAUAAGCCCACGGCAUUUGCUAUCUCUGAUUUUAUUGUCAUGUCUUCGCUUUCCGCCGGCUUCGUUGGAGCUUUCAUGAGCGAUGGGUACUGUGGUCAAUAUAGGUAAGUUGUGGUUUUUGGCUUGUAAAGAAAGUUCUUGCCAUUUUAUGUUUUGUAAAGAAAGUUCUUGCCAUUUUUUGAUUUGGAAAGAAAAUCCUUGCUAGUUUUUUUUAUUAAAAAGAGAGCUGGACUAGGCCGUGUUGUGCCGGAUUGGUCUAAAACUCUGUGUUCUAGGCUGGGCUGAGAUGAGCUGGUGUAGACUGCGUUGGGCUGGGUUAGGUUGGGAUGGGUUAAACGGGGCCGUACUUGACUGAGUCAGGCCUGGUCGGGCUGGACUAGCCUGAACAAAAGUGCAGAGUGAGGUUAUACUGAGUUUGGCUUGGCUUGUCAUGAUUUGGCUUGACUUGGCUUGGCUUGGCUGCUCUGGUUUGGUCUGGUCAGGUUUGGGCUGUUUUAGCUUGGCUAGUCAGUUUAACUUUUUGCCAUUUCCAGAACAGUAAUGAUAUUUACCCCACUAUUCUUCUUGUCUACCUCAACAUUGUGUUGGUCAUCGGCGGCCGUGUUCAUUGAUACUGAUAGCCAUGCCAUCAUGGACUCUUUUCUAUUCUGUGUGAUAUUCAUCACUGGAACAGCUAUCAUACCAGCCUACAUACCGCUAAUACUACAACAACUUCAGUCGUACGAGAAGAAGGCCAUAUACUAUAUAGUACCGAUCAUACACUUUGUUUCGAACGCUGCCGGGGUGCUGGCUGGAAUUAUAUUUCCAAAGGUUAACGGUGGGUUUGAAAUUUUCAAAUUUUUGAAAAUUUUUAAAAUUUCGAAAUUUUUUUUUAAAAUUGAAAAAUUUUCAAAAUUUUUAGAAAUUUACUGCUACUACGACCGAAAAUGUUACCCAGCCACAUUCGGCUUUGCCACAGCUUACAUUCUACUUGGAUUUUGUUGUUUCGCCAUGGGCACCUUCCACUACAAGACCAGAGAACCAACUCACAAUCCUAUCAUUGACGCUGUAAGAAUCUACUGGGUAAGUUUAUCUACCCUACCCUACCCUACCCUACCCUACCCUACCCUACCCUACCCUACCCUACCCUACCCUACCCUACCCUACCCUACCCUACCCUACCCUACCCUACCCUACCCUACCCUACCCUACCCUACCCUACCCUACCCUACCCUACCCUACCCUACCCUACCCUACCCUACCCUACCCUACCCUCCCCUCCCCCUCCCCCUCCCCCUCCCCCUCCCCUCCCCCUCCCCUACCCACUAUUAGCCCUAGUCCUACAGUACCUACAGUUAGCUCUGGCUCCACAGUACCUACAGUUAUUCUUAGUCCUACAAUACCUAUAAUUAGCCAUUUUUCACUCUUACUGUACCUACAGUUAGCCUUAGCACUUCAGUACUUGCAGCACUGGACUUUACUGCAGUUUAUUGUCUGUACUGUGCUCUACAGUAACCCAGAGAACUCUAAACCGCUCUACCUUACUUUACAUUACCCUAUCUUUCACUACUUUACAUUACAGUACUUUACGGUAUUUUACUUUUUUCUACAGUACUCUAAAAUGUUCUACCCUUCAGUACCUUAUCUCAAGCCUACUCUACCUCGAAAAAGGCUAUCAAGUCGUUUCCAAGCUAUUAUACACUGUAAUAUGCUUUAUGCUUUUUAGAAAGCCAUAAAAAACUAUAGACGUUCAUUGAGACACAAAGUUGAAGUCAAGCCGAUUGUUCUUCACCCAUUCACUUCUUCUAUGUCAUCGAAGGAAAUAAUCCGAAAUCGGUAUACCAAGGAACCGAUUAAGUUACUGGAUUACUAUAUGGACACUCACAAAUGUAACCAGGAUGAACUAUGUGUACAACAAAAGAGUGUCAGAAGGAAUUCGUUCUAUUGCCAAAAAGUAAGUAGUUACGGUAUUAUGCGGAAUAUACGGAACUUUUUUGAUACAGUAGAAUAUCAGUAGGUACAGUAAAGCACCGAUGGGUCCUGCAAGUAUAUACUACAGUACGGUAGCAAACGACAGAGUGUUAUGAAGCCAUACGGUACAGUAGAAGUGAUAAAACAUAAGGUUUAGGCACUUUAGGGUAAGGUAUACGGUAGCUUUGGUUAUGGUAAAAAUAGUUAUCACGGGCUAGGGUUACAGUAGGAAAGCUAUGUCUAGCUUGGACUAUAAUAAGGUUCAGUAACAUAUGGUAAAGAGAAGUUGGAUACUGUAGAGUACAGCAUGUAGGGUAGGGUAGGGUAUUUUUAUGCAAGGUACUGUAGGUUAACUUGGGGUACUGUAGAGUUACUUAUAAUAUUGUAGGCUACUUUAAGGUACUGUACGUUUAAGUCUAGCCUUAUAGAAAAGCGUCUAAAGAAUGCUACUUUCAGCUCCAGUUCAUUGAAGACAUCCACGUACUUACCAAGUUCGUAGCCCUACUGAUACCUCUAACACUAUGGUGGAUAGGGUACCAAUAUAUCAUGGAAGUAUCAGAAGUCCUAACCUACGAAGUGAACAUCAAAAUACACGGUUUUAUGUUUCUGCCAGAGUAUUUUUGGCCGCUGUACGAAUUCAUCACAUUGGCUACGGUAGUUACGGUAUACGGUAUCGUAUACCCAGUAAUGCGACGUCUGGUACACUUGAACUUUGUCAUGCGUAUCAAAUGGGUCUAUUCUUCAUGGUACUGGCAUUAA